GGGGGGUAAUCCUUCUCAAAGUAGCUUGUCUACACUUCUGUUUUGUUCUCACUCUAUGGACAGUGACACCCAGCCAAUAUGCCCAGGCCAAGCUCUGUGGAAAUGCUGGCCCUGCCAGCCAAAGCCGCAGCGAUGCCGCACUUUCUGGACUGGUUCGUGCCUGUGUACCUGGUCAUCUCCGUCCUCAUCCUGGUGGGUUUUGGAGCCUGCAUCUACUACUUUGAGCCUGGCCUGCAGGAGGCGCACAAGUGGCGCAUCCAGCGCCCCCUGGUGGACCGUGAUUUCCGCAAGACGCUGAUGGUGCGGGACAACCUGGCUUUCGGAGGCCCAGAAGUCUGAGGCUGCCUCGGUACUGGAGAUGCUCCAAGCAGACGACUCCUUGAUCUUUCCAUCCAUCUGUAGCCCAGUAGAGGCCCUUGUUGUUCAGGGAGGCCCCUUUCCCUAGAAACCAGGCACUUGAAUAUUUAUUGUUUGUUUGUUUGUUUGU